CGAACCGAGCGCGUUUGGAACAGACACCAAGUUCUCGGUAAUACCGGGGCUGAAGAGAAGGCAAGGAAAGCAAGAGUAGAAUAUCUAGAUAUCCAAGAUAUUUAGCAGUAUUGUUUCAGUAAAGAAACUUCCAACAGGAGCAGCAUGGAGGUCCUGGCACAUCCCCCCAUCAGACCUGUAGUUACUCAGUACUGAACCACUGACUCCGGGAGGUUAAACUGAGGCUCUGAGUUAAAAUUAGCUGGAUUAUCAGCUGGGCUGUUGUUUCGUCUUUUUGCUGUUUAGUUUGAAGAAUCAUGGAUCUUUUGACCAAGGGACGAUCUGAGCGUGGAGAAAGCCGCGUGAAACCGUGUGGAAGUCGGACUGCUGGGCUGUGCAUGAUCAUCACGCUACUUUGGAAAGCACUCUGCGUUGAUUCUGCUUCCUUCUACUUCACAAAAGAACCUAAAUCCCAGGAUGCCCUGCACGGACGCAGCGCCAUGCUCCGGUGUGAGGUGAACGACCCCACCGGCGUCACCUACAACUGGCUACUCAACGACCAAGCCGUCACCGACUCGGAGCGCCGCUUCCAGGAGGGAGGCAACCUGAAGUUCACCGCCAUCGACCGAACUCUGGAUUCUGGCAACUUCCAGUGCGUGGCCACCAAAAACUCUACAGGAGAAGAGGCGCACACGAACAAAGCCAACUUUAACAUUAAAUGGUUGGAAAGUGGCGGAGUGACUCUUCAGAAUCCAGCCACAGAGGAAGAGAUCGUGAGCUCCUCCUCAGUCAUGUUACGCUGCAAUAUUGAUGGACACCCACGGCCGACCAACCGCUGGUACAGAGACGGAACACAGCUUGCGGAGAAGAACCACAAGAUCAACAAUAAAGAACGGACGCUUACUCUGCCCAACGCCAGCCCAGACGAUAACGGCAUCUACUACUGCUGUGCCAAGAAUGCCGCCGGCCAAGUGUGCAGCAGCACCAACUUUACCCUUAAUAUUAUAGAUAAGAGUUACCCCCAGCCGGUGGUAAAGCCUGAGGAUCUGGUGGUGUUGAGGAACGAGGAGGCGCACUUCCACUGCCAGUUCACCGCUGAUCCCCAGCCCACUGUCGAGUGGUACCACGAGAACGAGCUCAUCGUCAACAAGAGUCGUGUCUUUCUGCUGAGCAACGGCUCCCUCUUCAUCAGCCAGGUGAAGCAGCGGAACACCGGUCACUAUAAAUGUGUGGCUCAGGGUCUCCGGGGCCCUCCUGUCUCACUGGAGGCCAUUUUGAGAAUAGCUGAAAUCGAAGACAUGCUGCCUCGCCAGUCUCGCAUCUUCACGGCAGAAUCUCUCGAACGAGUGUCCUGCCACCCGCCCCGUGGCCACCCUGAGCCCGAGGUGUGGUGGGAGCAGGCAGGUCGUCGUGUUCCCACCGAGGGCCGCGUGUACCAGGACGGCCUGGACUUGGUUUUCAGCCCCACGCGUGCAGAGGACUCGGGCGUCUACACCUGUCUGGCUCAGAACAAGGCAGGCCAGAAAAAACAGGAACUCACCGUCACUGUAGCCACUCCUCCUGAAUGGGUUCAGAAGCCAGAGGAAGAGAACCAGCUUGAAGAGGGCCAUGCUGGGUACCUGCACUGUUACACACGUGGUACACCGGACCCUCAGGUCACAUGGUAUCGCAGCAUGCUACCAAUUAAUGCCGAGGAUGUGAGAUAUAAGCAGUUUACCAAUGGAACGCUGCGUAUCAACAGUGUGGAGGUGUACGACGGCCACAUAUACACCUGCGAGAGUAAAAAUGAAGCAGGAAAGCUAAAUGCACAUUCAAGAGUUAUCGUACUGGAGCGUCUGAAGUUCACCCCGACGCCACAGUCUUUACAGUGUCUGGAGUUGGACAAGGAAGGCAGUCUACAGUGCUCUGCCAAGGGACGCCUCCCCCCUACCAUUCGCUGGACCAAAGCUGAUGGCAGUUCGAUUCCAGCCCGGGUUGAGCAGAACGGUGGGAUGUUGCACUUCACCACAGUGACUCGGGCAGAUGCAGGGAACUAUACCUGCCUCGCCUCCAACAAACUACAGGGAGAGAUCCGUGCCAUGGUUCAGCUCACUGUAGCAGUCUACGUGACCUUUAAGAUGAAGCCGGAGAACUCUACAGUGUAUCGGGGUCACACUGCUGUGCUGCACUGUCAGGCCACUGGAGAUCCUUCACCCAUCAUCCAGUGGAAGAGGAAAGAUAAGUUUUUCGAGCCCAACAAGACCAGGUUUCAGACGAUGCCGAACGGCUCUCUGGUAAUUCAUGCCGUCAGUACAGAAGACACAGGCAGCUACACCUGCAUUGCUGGAAACAGCUGCAACAUUGCUCACACAUCGGCAGAGCUCUACGUCGUGGAUAAGCCGGUGCAGCACUCCAUGGCCGACGACGAGAAAGCUCCCUACAAGAUGAUCCAGACGGUGGGCCUGUCGGUGGGCGCGGCUGUUGCUUACAUCAUCGUGGUGCUGGGUCUCAUGUUCUACUGCAAGCAGAGACGUAGAGCCAAGAGGCUGCAGGAGGACAAGGACAAAGAGUCGCCCGAGAUGGAGUGUCUCAACGGCGGCGCAGUGCAGCAGAACGGUCAGACCACAGCAGAGAUUCAGGAAGAGGUGGCACUGACCACGUUGUCCACCAGUGAGAACAACAAACGCCACAGCACUCAGGACAAGCUGAACUUCCCCCGCAGCGGCCUGCAUGCCAUUACCACCCUGGGUAAGGGAGAGUUUGGUGAGGUUCUCCUGGCCAAAGCGAAGAUGGGUGGUGAUGAGGACACCGCCGUUCUGGUGAAGAGUCUGCAGACCCGAGACGAGCAGCUGCAGCUGGAUUUCCGGCGCGAGUGCGAGAUGUUCGCCAAACUCUGCCACCCGAAUGUUACCCGCCUGCUUGGCAUAUGCAGAGAGUCCGAGCCCUUCUACAUGAUCCUAGAAUAUUCUGAUAUGGGUGAUCUGAAGCAGUACCUGAAGAUCUCCAAAAGUAAAGAUGAGAAAACCAAAGCACAGCCACUCGGCACCAAGCAGAAGGUGUCGGUGUGUCUGCAGGUUGCUCGGGGGAUGGAACACCUUUCCAAUCAGCGCUUCGUCCACAGAGAUCUGGCCGCACGCAACUGUCUUAUUGGUGCUAAGAGGCACGUCAAGGUGUCUGCUCUGGGCCUGAGCAAAGACGUCUACAACAGUGAGUAUUACCAUUACCGUCAAGCCUGGAUCCCCCUACGCUGGCUUCCCUCUGAGGCAGUGUUUGAGGACGACUUCUCCACUAAGACAGACGUCUGGUCGUUUGGAGUGUUAAUGUGGGAGGUUUUCAGCUUUGGAGAGCUGCCACAUGCUGACCUGACUGAUGACAAGGUCCUGGAAGGUCUUCAGGAAGCAAAGCUGAAGCUGUCCCCACCACACGGCUGUCCGUCCCGCAUCUAUAAGCUAAUGCUGCGCUGCUGGGCCUCGAGUCCUAAAGACCGAGUGUCCUUCAGCGACAUUGUCUCAGCCCUCAGUGAGCUCCCCUCCGAGAGCAAGGUGUGAGAGGUCAUCUGAUGGACUAUUAAGGGCAUAAGUCUAUAAAUAUCCUGCAUCUGAAGGGGGAGAAUAACAGACUGUUUCUGAACAACGGCUGGAUCUUGAGUGGGUUUUGGUCUGUUUUCUACUCAUGAACCCACCCGGUGCUUGUGAGGAAGCUAUGUUGUCAUCUUUAAAAGAAGCAAAAGAAAUGAAGCUUGAUUGGUUUGAAGCUACAUUAGCAGAACUGAUGAUUAUUUUUCCCACGUUUGUUCAUUUUAUCCUCCAGUUCGAUGAGACAGGAGGAUGAAGCUCAUUCACCGAGUGCAUUCGUUAUAAAGAUUGUUCAUCCUGUGCACUGAUCGUUUUUCCAUUUUUGUAUUAUAGAAGGAUUGUUCCAGGAACCUCCUAAUUUAUUCUAAAGGUCCUGAUUUUUUUAAAUGUUUGUACUGUACAGAAAGGUACUGUUUAUAUUCCUCGUGUUAUCAUGUAACAGUUGUUUUUUUUUAGAAAUUAGAAGAGAAACUGAUUUAAGUGUUGAAAGGUUAUACGAUGACCUGAGUCAUUAACGUAACAGUUUCAUCUCAAGUGCCUGAAGAUGAAGGAUAGCCUGCAUUAGUGUU